AUGCGGGGCCGAAGUAAGGCCGAAGUGGCCCCUGCGCUAUCUGUUGUCACCGCGCAACACUACACCUUGCGGAAUGCAGUGAAGAUGCCGGCUUCCAAACCCGAGAGUCGAAAGACUCCGCAAAUUGGCAGCGAUGAUCUGAUUCCUUUCGACCACGCUGCAGCCGGACAUGAUGGUGUGCAAUGUACACUCUCGGGUGCGCUGAUCGCUAAACCAUGUACCCGUCAAGAAGUGGAGUUUUACGAAUCCAGCUCUCUCCAUCCGGCCUUCCAAGAAUUCAUGCCCCUCUAUGUUGGCUCCCUCUCAUCUGCGGAGCAGCAGCAACCGCUGGCAAUUGCUGCUGCCCGAGAUUCCGGCGCUAUCUUUCUCCCCGACCCCAGUGCUUCCGCUGAUAGUCCCCGUCCCGCCGAAACCUGUCCCGCUGCUCAGGAAUCUGUCGCCGACAAAGAAGAAGCCGCGUGGGUGCCCUCGCAAGGCAAGAAAAUCGACACAGGAUUGUCGAUCGUGUUGGAAAAUGUUGCCGCUGGAUUCCAUCGGCCCAACGUGUUGGACGUGAAGCUCGGAGCGCGACUGUGGGCAGAUGAUGCGCCGCUUGCGAAACGCAGCAAACUCGACGCUGUGUCAAACGAGACCACCAGCUCAAGUGUCGGAUACCGUAUCGCGGGGAUGAAAGUGUGGACAGGAGAGAAUGGUGAGACCGACGAGGGAGACCGGACAGAUCCCUAUGCUAUAAAAUACGAGGGCGCAGAGGGCGAAAAGGGCGAGGUUAUCGAGAAGAAUGGCUAUCGAAGGUACGACAAGUGGUACGGCCGCUCGUUUAGUGAGAAAACUGUCAAGGAAGGGUUUGAACUGUUCCUUUCUGGUGCCAAAAUGGGCACGACUGAUCGAUCAAAAAUGGUCGCCCGGCGGCUAGCGGAUGAGCUUAAGAAUGUCCAGCAGGUCAUCGAGGCCGAGGAAAGUCGAAUGUACUCAUCCAGUGUCCUUAUAGUCUACGAAGGUGAUCCAGAAGCCAUGGAGCAUGCACUUGCAGAGGAGAACAAAGCUCCACCACCCCGCUCCCUAGCGGAAGAGGAAGACGACGAUGAAGACGACCAAGAGUUUGAGGUUCCUGAAGAGGCUUUAGAGCUUGUCGACAUCCAACUGGGCCAAGGAAUGCCUCAGCAGGCCAUCAAUAUCAAUAUUGAUCCACAAACCAUGCCGAUGCCGGACUUAGAGGACGAAGAGGAGGACGAGGCCCCCAAAGUCCAUGAUCUCCGCUUGAUUGACUUCGCUCAUGCGAAGUGGACACCUGGGCAGGGCCCGGAUGAGAAUGUCCUUUUCGGGGUGCGCAGUUUGGUCAAGGUCUUCGAAGAGUUGGCAGAAUGA